AUGGACAUAGACCAGGAGCAGGGAGAGCUCAUAGCGGGUCCGUCUAGGCACAGAACCGCUUUAGCAGAGGAAGAUGCACGUGUCACAGAGACUCAUUCUACUGCUGGGAGGGUCAUACAAAUAGAGGAGACAGUGUAUGCUAAAUGGCGGACACAAUUUGGAUUAGGUGAUGGAGAAGAGGUGGAAUCAGGUCGUUCUGAUGAUGAAGAUGAAGAUGGUAAUUUAUUCUACCCCUUUACAUCACGGCUGGACUGGCAGGUAGCAUGUUGGGCUGUGCAAGAGGGAAUAGGGCACAAAGCAUUUGACAGGUUAUUAGCUAUACCAGGCAUAUGUCAACUUACAUAUAUUCUAUCAAUAUCAUGGCUGAUUUUUUGCAAAUAG